AUGCGGUCUGAUUAUGAAGCUUUUGAUGAUUUAUUGAUUCAUGAUACAACUUAUCGUACUAAUAAAUACGAUAUGAUUUGUGGGCCUUUUGUUGGAAUGAAUCUUCAUACCCAAAAUAUUAUGUUUGGAGUUGGUUUUAUAUUGAAUGAGAAGGCAUGUACUUUUGAGUGGCUUUUUAAUUCAUUUUUUACUUCCAUGGGAGAGAAGCAACCUGUGACUAUCAUGACUGAUCAAUGUUCUGCCAUGGACAAGGCUAUAAGGGAAGUGUUUCCAAAAUCGAGGCAUCGGUUGUGUACGUGGCACAUUGGAGAAAAUGCUAUUGUAAACAUCAAAGGUGUUAUGGCCAAAGAAGGAUUCAAACGUCGGUUUGAUUAUGUUUUGAAAUAUACUGAUACAGUUGCUGAGUUCGAGCAUUAUUGGAAUAGUUUGAAGGAGAAAUGGUGUCCUGCAUAUAACAAAGAGUGGUUUUCUGGGGGUGUUUUGUUUUCUCAAAGGAGUGAGACUACAAAUCAUUCUAUUUCUAGGAGGUUGCAUAAAACCAACGAUUUAUGUGAUUUUUAUAAGUGUUUUUUGGAUGUAAUUGAUGAGUGGAGAAGUAAGGAGAACACGGGAGAUUAUAAUUCUUCUACUGGUAAUAAGUAUUAUGCAUGUUCGGAUAACAUGUUAUGUUUGCAUGCCCGGGAUGUGUACACUAUUGCAAUAUAUUUGAUAUUUGAGCAACGAUUCAUCAAAGGUGUUAGUUUGAGGAGUGAACGGAUUCGUUUUGAGUAUCCAGUUUCUGAGUAUAUUGUUGGGCAUCCUACAAAGGAUUUCAUUAGACACAAUGUUAGAUUUAAUGAGUUAGACAUGGUUGUUGAUUGUACUUGCAAGUCAUUUGGAGAAAUAGGCAUUCUUUGUUCUCAUAUCCUUCGAGUUUUUAUCGUCCAUAAUGUUGAAAGGAUUCCCAAUCGAUACAUUAUGAAGAGAUGGACAAAACAGGCUAUGAAUACAAUUGUUGAUGAGGGAGAAGAUAGAGAUAAUGAAGUAAGUGUUGUAUCUGCAUCGGUGUGGAGGAUGUAA